AUGCAAGAGCCUAAAAUCGCCACCUCCAACAAGACACUGUCGCAAACGCAAAGAGAUAAAUUCUUCCAUCACAUGCUGGUGAACGACAACUACAAAUGCUCUUACUGUUACGUGCCCAAGAUCGGCUGCACCAAUUGGAAGAAGGUGCUGAAAGUGUUGUCUGAGCAGGACGCUUGGCCAGGCUGCCGCCCAUUUAGCCACAUAGCAGACGUGGUUCGACUUUCCAAGUUCAGCAAAGAGGAGAGACUCCGCCGCCUUAAAACCUAUUACAAGUUCAUGUUCGUACGUGACCCGCUUGACCGCCUGGUCUCGGCUUACUUGGACAAGUUUCAUCCGAGUGGCAGCGACAUGGUUCUUCGCAAGAAAUACGCCCCUAUCAUCGUCAGGAAAUACCGCAGGCCACCGCUGUCGAAGGAGCAGGUAGAGAAGGCACGUGGCGAUGACGUGACGUUUCCAGAGUUUGCCAAUACGUAG